UGCAGGGGAGUGUUGGGAGCAGGUUUGGGUGCCUUCUGUGUCUCAGACGCCUUCUCAGCUGCUUUGUGAAUAGGGCACUGCCAGUGACAGCCGAGGAAGCCGUGGCUUCUCUAGGGCUGUGGUGCCAGUAGCCGGGACAGGGGAAAGGCCAGCGCCGGCAGAGAAGCCUAUGCCUGGGUAGCUCACUUCCCUUGUCACUGCUGAAGACUGCUCAGAAUCAUCCCAUGCUGGUGGAACUCAAAAAUGGAGAGACAUACAAUGGGCACCUGGUGAGCUGUGAUAACUGGAUGAACAUUAACCUUCGAGAGGUGAUCUGCACAUCUAGGGAUGGGGACAAGUUUUGGCGGAUGCCCGAGUGCUACAUCCGUGGCAGCACGAUCAAGUACCUGCGCAUACCUGAUGAGAUCAUCGACAUGGUCAAGGAGGAGGUGGUGGCCAAGGGCCGUGGCCGCGGUGGCCUGCAGCAGCAGAAGCAGCAGAAGGGUCGAGGCAUGGGGGGUGCUGGGCGAGGUGUGUUUGGUGGCCGGGGCCGAGGUGGGAUCCCAGGCACAGGCAGAGGUCAGCCGGAAAAGAAGCCGGGCAGACAGGCGGGCAAACAGUGAGCCGCCCCUCGUCCCCCCGAGACUGAGCUGCCCCUGAGCAUCUCUUGCCGCUCCCUGAUGCUGCGGUCCUGCUCUCCGAUUCGGGAGUGUGUUCAGAGCAAAAAGAAGAGGCAGGUGUUGGGGAAGAGCCCCCGUCCCUCCCCGUCUGUCAUUUUGUGAUCCUUUUUACGUAAGUCCCCCCCCCCCCACCCCUUUAUUUUUUAAAGCCAGCAGUUCUACAGUUGGAUAUGUUAUUUGGUGUUUUUGGUUCUGUGAUGCCGCAGCUGACUCGAUUCCUGGAAGAUUCUGUGUUUAAUAUGUCUUUAAAGCCCUCGCUCUUGUUUUGAGGGCGGGCGCUUUCCAAACAGGCUUAUUUUGCAUUUUGAGUUGGAUCCUCCUGUGGUGAACAGACCGGAGGUUUUUAUUUUAAGCUGUUUGCACUGAGAUUGACAGCCUUGGGAGUUUCCUGAAACACGGACCUCAGAACUGCCUUUUGAAAACAAAUACGUAGGAACGUAUGCCGCCACAGAAGCUGUUCCUGCGACGUUGCUGCGCCCUGCCCCUUUGCCUCCUCUCUCCCUGUUUGUGUUACAAAAAUAAAAAACAAAUACAACUACCAA